AGGCAACAACCAAAUCCCCUUGUUCUCACCUACCCUCACUGCUCCCCCUCUGCUCCCACACCUAAUAAUACUCUACUCAUUCGGUCAUUCUCACAUCUCCUCUGGCCAAAAAAUGAAAAAUCCUUUCAGCACAGGGAUUUGGUGCUUGUCCCCAGCCUCUCCCUCUCAGCUUCUGAUGCUACUACUACUAAUCCAACGAGUAUUAUAGCCAAACAACCAUCAUCUCUCGAUCCUGCUGUUGCUGAUUCGACCGCAGUGGUUUGGGAAUCAAUCGGUCGAUCGCUAGCCUUUCCCUGUUCCUUCGGUUAAAGAAUUAACAGCGGUGGGGCAGAAGGAUUGAUGCCAUUGUUUGAUUCUUCUUUCUCUCGUUCUCUCUUCCUGUUCCCUUUGCCUCCUUUUAAGCCCUGCUUUUUUCUGGCCGUCUUUUCCAUUCCCAUUUGUUUUGGCGGCUGCUGCGCUAGCUUUCCUCUGCCUCAUUCGCCUCCAGGGCUAUCUCCACUCCCUCUUGCCUUUCAGCCCACAUUCACCAUUCUUAUACUAGCACCAUUGUGAGCAAACGAUUAGUCAUCUUCUCCAUGAUCCGUAGUAGCCUGCUCUGCUAAUCUGCUUCUCCUCCUUGUUGCCCUUGCCGUUGAUAUCCAAGCGUUGGCCUUUUUCCAUUGCAUGAGCAAACGAGCUCAGUUCUUCAGAGAACCUGCGCACUGAGCUCCCGCCGCCCGGACAAAGCUGAGCCACGGCGCCUUUCUUGCUUUCUAUAUGGACAGCUCACUCUUCCCGGCAGUAACAGCUCAAGGUUCUCGGUGAGGGGAGAGAAGGUUCAGGCAGCGAUGGAGAGGGAGUCAAGAUCAGGGGUGUUCUCGGAGACGGCGUCCUGCGCCGCCACGCCCAGGUCCGCUCGCUCGUCUUGCAGUCUCCAGCAUCGGUACUCUUCACGGAGCAUUCUGAAGACACAUGGAGGUGCACUAGACAUGUCACCGCGAUUCUCCUAUUGCAAGCCUACCACCCAUAGAGAUAAGAUGCUCCACAGAAGGCACUCACUUAACUUGCCAGAGCAAUUGCCGAGUCAUUGCUCCAGUAAAACAACAGAAAGAACCCAAAAGGCGAGCUCAAAGUCUGUUGCAGAUUUAGUUGGGGAGAUUGCCGCUCUCGAGCAGGAAGUUAUACGCAAGGAACUGCAUCUCCUUUCCCUCUAUAGAAGAACAUUUGAUCAAUAUCUUUCUGAAUCCUGCAGUUUCACAAGCGAGGUGGAUCAAGAAACACUGAAAAAUAUCGAUGAGGGCGCGCUCCGUUUGAGGGAUAUCAAGCAUUCCGCAGCCUUCAACUUGCCAGCCGUCUCAAAUUCUGAGGUAUCAAAAUCAGGUUCAAGGCAUUCCAGCCUUGUUAACUUCUUGAGUGCUUCUAUUUCUGACUAUGUACCUAAGAUUUCAUGCAAAUUAUCGGAGGACAUUUUAAGCUGCAUCGCCUCUGUCUACUGCAAACUUGGAAGCAUGCCAUCGCAAGAUGCAGACUGCAUGACUUCACCAAGUCCUUCUGUUUCAUCUUCAAGUACUUUUUCUCCGAGGCACCGCAAUGAUAGCUGGAGCCCUCGGUUCAACUUUGAUAGCCCUCGCCAAUAUGGAUUCCAGAAAGAGAGGAAUGAACAAAGCAUAGGCAUGGUUAUUGUUCCGAGGAUACGUAUAGAUGCUGACAAGUUUGAUUAUGCCUCAAAAAUGCUUGAGACUGUCAGGUCCCUGAUACAGCGCCUCGAGAGAAUUGACCCAAUGAAGAUGACACAUGAAGAGCAGCUCUGCUUUUGGAUCAACAUCCACAAUGCUUUAGUGAUGCAUGCUUUUCUGGCCUAUGGUCCACAUGACAAACGCAUGAAGAGCACAGAUAUGAUUUUGAAGGCUGCAUAUAAUGUGGGUGGCCAAUCAGUGAAUGCUCAGACUAUUCAGAAUUCAAUUCUCGGAUGUCAAUCCCAUUGUCCCUCAUUGUGGGUUCGCUCGCUAUUCACACCGACAAAAAGGUCCAUGGCAGGGAUGACCAGGCACGCCUAUGCUCUGCACCAUUCAGAGCCGAUUGCGCAUUUCGCCCUCUCGACCGGGGCAUUUUCGGACCCGCCUGUCCGGCUGUACACGGCCAAGAAGAUACAUCACCAGCUGGAGGUAGCCCGGACCGAGUUCAUCCAGGCCAACGUCAUGGUGAGGAAGCAGGUCCUCCUGCUGCCCAAGGUCCUGCACUACUACGCCAAGGACGCCGCGCUGGAGCUGCGGCACCUGGCGGAGCUGGUGUGCGAGAGCAUGUCGGAGGCCCAGGACAAGGAGGUCCAGCACUGCCUCAGGAGGAGGAUCGACAAGUGCGUCGAGUGGAUGCCGUACAAGUCGUCCUUCAGAUACGUUGUACAUAGGGACUUGGCUGAGUAGGCAUGCUCCACCGGUUUUCUCUCCUUUUUUGGUUGGUCUUUCUCCAUUCUGGAUGCGUCGUUGCAGCUUACAAGUGUAAGUAGUGAAGCUAAGAUGACCCGUAAACCACUGGUGUGUGUGCGUGUGUAAAUACAGGUGUGGGUGUGGCUGUGAAUUGUGAUAGUUUUGAGUUAGGGCCGGUGGCUUGAAACACUGUACCUUUUUUCUUUGUGGUUGUGCAUUGGGAUUGAGAUGAUGAA